AUGGUCGUAAUAGUGCCUCCCCCAAAACUGGCUAUUCGAACGAAUGUUUUCGAGUUCGGAAUCGUCAUUGAACCUGCUUUAACCGUGCUAGUGUGUGAUCCAAGGAUAGGGGAUACACACCCCGUCGAGAGGGUGCUUUGUGCCAAGUUACGCCCUCGUUCCCGUCCGAGGCGACUCUUCGUGGAGAAGGAGCACGCAGCGUCAUGGAGGGCUUCCGGGAUGCCACCAGUGGGAUCUGAAUCCGUGUUUCGAGGAUGUCACACUGCCGCUCUUCUCUCUGAGUAUCCUUGUGCUAACAGUACCCUUUUUGAUUCGUGCAGCUUCCUCUGCUCCGCGCUUGCUGCUCGAGCAGCAGCCGCUGCCGCAGCAGCGGCUAAGCAAUUUGGACGUUUUGCGAAAUACGCUGCUCGUCCUGUGUGUGCUGUUGCCGCUGGGUUUCCUGGUGGGGUCCACCGUGGAGCAGCACCUCGCCCUCCUGCGAGAAAGGUUUUUCAAUUGAGCCGCUUGGAACGUAGGGGGGAAGGGAGGAAAAACACGAGAGUACUUACAGGAUGCCGAUGUCUACCAAAGGACAAAGCAUCCUCCGUCCAAGCGUGUCUGCUCCUCCCUAUUGCAGCAUGUACAGGCGAGCCGCUAUUAGGUGAAAUUGCGGAUGGGGGCAUUUCUUCAUCCCCAGAGGCUCGCGCCUCUUGGUGGAGUCUUCUUACAUUCUCUUGGAUGCAGCCGCUCAUCGCGCGAGGCAACAGACAGCAGCUGCAGCCGUCAGACGCUUAUGAGCUGAUGCCACAAGACACGACGCAGGCGCAAACAGAGGCUGUGCUUGCUGCCUGGGAAGCGGAGGUGGAAGCGGCGGCAAGGACUACGUCGAGGGGUGGUGGAUCCGAGCAUACGCGCACGCGUGUUGUACCCGAGCGAGUACCUCCAUCGCUCACUGUCAGCACAGAAUCUAGCGAGACUUCCGCAGCUCUCUUGAGGCCAGAGGCGGAGGAGAGAAAUCCUGGUGCCUCGGCUGCGCGAACUUCGCUCAGCAACAGCAGCAGCGGGAGGGUCAGUUUGUUCAGAAUCCUCUGGAGGACAUAUGGCGGCAUUUGCGCUGGCUCUGCUCUCCUAAAACUCGUGUACGAUGUGCUGCAGUUCGUAGGACCUGUGGUGUUGCAGCAGCUAAUCCUCUUUUUGCAGCAAAGCUCCGACUCAACGGUGCCGUCGCCUCCUUUGGAACGGGGUCUGUUGUUUUGUGGGUUGCUGCUGGUGGCGAGCGUCACGCAGACGGCCGUCCUGCAUCAGUAUUUUCAUCGGCAGUUCCGUCUUGGCAUGCGUGUUCGGGUAGCUGUUUCAGCUCUCAUCUAUAGAAAGGCUGUAAGAAUUCAGCUAGGGGCACCCAGCAGCAGCAGCAGCAUGAACAGCAGCAGCAGAACGACAGGCCAGUACGUCAAUCUGCUGGCUGUGGAUGCCCAGAGACUCCAAGAUGUGAUGGCGUAUCUGCACAUUCUCUGGUCGGCACCGCUACAGAUUACGAUUGCCUUGUUCCUGCUCUUUCGCCUGCUAGGCAUUGCUGCCUUCGGGGGACUGUUGGUGAUGCUUCUGAACGGACCAGCGACAGGCUGGAUUGGCCGCAUUGCGACCCGCAUGCAACGGCGGCUGAUGGGGAUACGUGAUGAGCGGAGCACCGCAUGCACUGAGCUUUUAAGUGGAAUGAAGGCGAUCAAGAUGUAUGCCUGGGAGUUGUCUUUUUACUCUCGGAUCAACAGCAUCCGCGAACGGGAGCUGAACGCCUUGAGAGUCUACUGGAGGCUUAUGGUUGCUUCUCGCGCGCAGUGGCUUGUGGCUCCAGUGUUUGUUUCCAUUGCCACCUUUGGCAGCUACGUGCUGCUUCAUGGAGACUUGGACGCAGCCACCGCCUUUACUGCAAUGUCUCUUUUCAACAUCCUGAGGUUCCCCAUGCAGCUGUUGCCUAUGACGGCGAACAACACGCUGGAGGCGAAGAUUGCGCUGAGUCGGCUGCAAGCUUUUCUCGAGCAGGAAGAAGCGCAGGGUUUGCCCCCCCUAGGAGACAAGCAUGUAGAAUCGCCAGUGCCUCCGCCCCCAACAGCGCAAGGGCCGUCGCAGCUUGGCAGUGUCUCCCCCGGCAAUACACGCAUGCAACGCGAGCUGUCAGUAGAUCGCCGAGAGCCUUCUUUCGAGGGUUUUCCCGCGAUCGAGGUAGAAGGCGUUUCCUUCGCAUGGCCUAACGGCACGCCGCUCCUUAAAGACGUGUCCUUCAAGUGUCACAAGGGUGAGACUCUUUUACGAGAAAAAGCAAAGACGUCCCGUAGCAGGAGGAAGGCAGGUGCUGCGCGUGCUCGUGAGGUUUGCGCUGUACGCUCAGGCGAGUUGGUUGCCGUUGUCGGGCCUACAGGUGCAGGGAAAAGUGGCUUGCUGUUGUCGCUUCUUGGCAGCACUGUGCGUGUUGCACCCCGCCGCGGGGGAGCUGCGCGCAGCGGCAGAGAUCAGCCUCCAGCAGCGAGUUCUUCAAGCUUUUCGCCAGGUUCUCCCCUCUACUGCGACCAAACGCCCUUAAGCAGCGCCCGCAUGCUGGUGCCCGGCACGGUGGCCUAUUGCAGCCAAGUUCCCUGGAUCCAGAGUGCUACGCUGAAGGAGAACAUUCUGUUUGGAUCUGCAUUCGACGAAGAGUGGUACUUCAAGGUGCUCGAAGCAUGCGCCCUGCUCCCCGACAUAUCCGUGUUGCCUGGGGGAGACGAGACGGAGAUCGGAGAACGAGGCCUCAAUCUUUCUGGUGGUCAGAAGCAGCGAGUUGCUCUUGCUCGCGCAGUCUACCGACGUUCCGAAGUGUACAUGCUCGAUGACUGCUUGUCAGCAGUCGACGUGCAUGUUGCGCAACACAUUUUCUCUCAGUGCAUCAAGGGCCUCCUCCGGAACGCUGCAGUGCUGCUCGUUAGCCAUCGGCUUGCAGUGCUUCCAGACUGCGAUCGCGUCUUGUUCUUCUCCAGCGGGCAGCAAAAAUACUUUGGGCGCUUGCAGGUGCGAUUCAAGACGCGAAAAGCAACGGGGAUUAAGGGCGCACCUGCGGACUGGCAUGUGCUGUGUGAUCGAGCUGAUCCAAGGGCACACUUUUUACUAGGCCUCUUUUGCGCUUUGGCAGCGGCUGCAUACGGUGUAAAUGCCGUUGCGUACGUGUCGUGGCUGCCCAUGCAGGAAGCCCUCUCCCUCUCAGAUUUUGCGGCCUUUGCGGCGAGCCGCGCUGAGCAAGCCGUAGACGAGCAGGAACCAUUGGAGGAGGGCGUUGCAGAAGAGGAGAUUACGCAGCAGACUUCCGAAGACAUCGCAGCGCACACCGCUGCCAUGGACGCUACAAGCC